CAUGUGGGAAAUGGGACAUUUGGUUAGCCCAUUGGGCCGGAUCCAGUGUUAGCUACUUACUGGCCUGCCGUUCCAAGCUGGGAGUUCAUUGACUAGCUACUGCAGUCAUCACGUUAUAUAUAUUGAUAUAUAUAUAUGCUAUAACUCUUCCUGGCGCAUGAUGUGGGAGCACAUAUAUAUAUAUAUGUCUUGGUCAAUACAUCUCAUCAUAUAAAAAAGGGGAUAGGUAAGUUGUAGAGGUAUGAGCUCAUAGUACUCUUACAAGUACUUUGCUUCAUUACUUAUUAUUAUUAUUAUUUUAUGUAAUUAAUUUUUUUUUUUGAUUGAUCAGAUGAGAGACACUUGUCACCAAUCUAGUGUCUCCUCUUGCCUAUAAAUAUAGAGAGUCAUUUUCACUCUUGCUCACAUUUGUUGGAGCUCUUGGUGAAGUGAGGCUUGAAGUCUUAGAGGGAGCCUUUUGAGAGGUAGGAUUGGCCUUCCAUUUAGUUGGGUGUGUGGGCAGGCGCCAGGGAGAGUUGAUCAAGUUCUUCAAAUUGCGGAGGAGGAGCGCUACUGGAACGUUUUAUUGUCUGAUUCUUCUCUUCGAGACAGCACUUUGUGGGAUCACGUUCCCCGUCAACCCGAAGAUCGAUUCAUGGCCCAAUCUUCUUUCACUCUUCCUCUGGCUGGUGACGGUGCUAUGGAACGUUUACGCUCACGCAAACAGAAGACUAGGACGACUCCUAGUGUUGAGAAGGAGGCUGUUACUACUGCUGCUCCUUCUUGUCCUUCUGCGAGGGCUCAGAAGAAGAAUAACAAGAGACCGUCUCCGGUUGAGUCGACCGAUUGGUUGAGUAAUACAGUUGAUCUUUCUUUUCCAUCUUCAGCGGCUGCACAUUCUGAGUUUGGCCUACACCUUGGUGAGGCCAGUAAGCUAUUAUUUCCAGAGGAUCGAGCUCGUUUUGAGAACAUCGGAGAAAUAGCUUCCAUGGAGUUGUCCAUCUCUCGCUCCUUUCAGGGUAUGCAAGGACUUAUGUACGCCUUGGAUAAGAUUAAGAACAUGAAGGAGCAAAUGAAGGACAUGAGGACUGAGCGUGAUACUUUGCGCGGGGAGAUUAAGGAGCUAAAGAGCUGCAAGAAAGAGCUAGACCGUGUCAGAGAAGAGUUACGAACUCAACUUGAUGCUAAGGAGCAAGAUUCUAAUCGUUUGAAGUCUGCCUUGGCUGAUCUUGCUACUGCCCAAGCUCGUGUGGACAUGUUGGAAGGUCGGUUAGUCGAAAUUGGACUGGAGGCUGAGAUCCAGUGUCGCGGAAAAAUGGCGAUGGAGUAUCGAGACAACAAGGCCGAGUCUUGGGACAUACCCCAGUACAUUGCUGACUAUGAAGAAUUGCUGCGGAUGAGGGCCGAGGAAGACGCUCGAACUAGCCAACUGGCUAACUCGUUUGAAGAGAUGACUACGAACGAUCUCCCGGUGGAUGACUCACAUCUUUCUUGAGUUAACUAUAUGUCAAGUGUUUUAUGUUUUUAAUGUUGUAAUAUGAACUUUUGUCUGGUUGGCUGACUUGCAUGGGUCUGGUGCCCCAUUUUCCCCUUAGUCUAAAUGUAGGUCAGCCAAAUUGGACUUAGACUUAGUAUUUUGGAAUGAUGUUUGUUGUAUGCGCUAUGUAUUUGUUGUAGUAACUGGUUUGGCUGACUUGUAUGGGUCUGGUACCCUAUUUUCCCCUUAGUCUAAAUGUAGGUCAGCUGAGUUAGAUUUAGACUUAGUAGUUCAGAAUGAUGUUUGGACUAUGUGGUUCGUUGUAUGCGUUGUGCUUCUACUUCAGUAGAAUAUUGUCUUGAAUUUAUUUUCGUUC